CUCACGUUCCUCAAGAAGAAGACGCGAUUCUGACAACGUAGCAAUGUUUCUUUCCUGAACGCCUUUCUGGUGUCAGCUCGUGUGAACUCCUGCGGUUUAUGGGUCUGUCUUGUAUGUGUUUGUGUGAUAUCUGAGUCCAGAAAGGGAGGACGUCACGUUCAGGGCCAUAAAUCGCUCCGUUGAGCAGCUUUUGGUCUCGAGUGGCAACGUGUACAGGAACUGCGCGAUGAGCUGCACAUAAACAGUACCUCUCGGUGCUUUUAAUACAGCAGGCCACUUGCUCCUGUUUAUUCAUUUGAUAUUUUAUUUUUGGAGAGGACCGUUCAAACGUACAUUGUUUCCUACAUCUGUUUGUGAGGUUUAAGCAGUAAAACCAUGUCUAGCUGGAGAAGAUCUCAGCUUGGCCGCCUGUGCGCCUCAACUUUGGCAGUAUUUGUGAUGCUGGCUUUGAAUGUUCAGGCCAGGCCAGCAAAUAUAUCUGCGUUAAAAGACAAACACCCCAACAGCAAGGAGGACAAUGAGAUCCUUCCACCUGACCAUCUGAACGGUGUGAAGAUGGAAAUGGAUGGCCACCUCAAUAAAGACUUUCAUCAGGAGGUGUUUCUGGGGAAGGAGAUGGAGGAGUUUGAGGAGGACUCAGAGCCCAGGAGGAACAGGAAGAAACUUAUUGAAAUCUUCACCAAGGUGGAUAUUAAUAAAGACAGGAGUGUAAGUGCUAAAGAAAUGCAGCGCUGGAUCAUGGAGAAGACAGAAGAACAUUUCCAGGAGGCUGUUAAAGAAAACAAGCUCAGUUUUCGUGCCGUGGACCCUGAUGGGGAUGGACAUGUAACUUGGGAUGAAUACCGUGUGAAGUUUUUGGCCAGCAAAGGUUUCAAUGAAAAAGAAGUAGCUGAGAAGAUAAAAAACAAUGAAGAACUAAAAGUGGAUGAAGAAACUCAGGAGGUUCUGGAAAGCUUGAAGGAUCGCUGGUUCCAGGCAGACAACCCUCCAGCUGACCAGCUGCUGAAUGAAGAGGAGUUCCUCUCGUUCCUGCACCCGGAGCACAGCAGAGGCAUGCUGAGAUACAUGGUCAAGGAGAUCGUCCGAGAUCUUGAUCAAGAUGGAGAUGGAAAGUUGACUCUAGCUGAAUUUAUCUCCCUCCCUAUGGGAACUGUGGAGAAUCAGCAAGCCCAAGACAUCGAUGACGACUGGGUUCGUGAAAGGAAGAAGGAGUUUGAAGAAGUCAUUGACGCUAACCAUGAUACGAUUGUAACCAUGGAAGAGCUGGAGGAAUACAUGGACCCUAUGAAUGAGUACAACGCCUUGAAUGAAGCCAAGCAGAUGAUUGCUGUGGCGGAUGAGAACCAAAACCACAACCUGGAACUAGAGGAGAUCCUUAAAUACAGCGAGUACUUCACUGGCAGCAAACUCAUGGACUAUGCCCGUAACGUACAUGAGGAGUUCUAAGACGAUCUCCUCAGGUCUUUAUGAAUAACAAAAGCAUGUAUAUAUCCCUAAAGUGUCGCAAGGAUGAUCUUUGCUUGCUUCCCAGACUGGAAUCAACAAGUGCAUUCAGACAUGUUUGUAAAAGUACAAAUCUGCAAGCCACAAAAUCUUCUCUGAUGUUGCAGUGCGCAGAUAUGACACAUUAUUAGGACUUUGCCUUCAUAAUGUCAUAGAUGUGAUUUCCAAUAGAGCCCCAUAAGUUCCAUAAUAUAAAUAAUUUUGAACACUUUGUCACUUUCAACACGUUUCUGUGUGUUGAUAAUUAAGAGAAAUGUCUGUAUAUGAGGAAUUGGUGAGGGGAAAGACUAUGUUCCACGUGAAGGUGGAAUUUAUAUGAAAAACUAAAUAGAUUCAUGUAAAUAAUGUAGUUGUUUGGAGUGCCAUAAUAUAUAAAUGCGUUCACAUUUUGGGUGGGUUGUUUUUGACAGGGUUUUAGCUUCCUCAGAUGGGUUAUUUCCAAAGAUGACGAGCCAGCGAAAUGAUUUAGGGUGGUAAUUUUGUGAAAAAUGUAACAUACAGUCCUAUAUAUAGCACUUCUAUUUAAGAUCUCAUCAUUAAAUGCAAAAAAAGUCAAGAAAUUAAGAAUCAUAUUGAGAGUUCAUCCGUCCAGAUGUGACCUAUUUGCACACUGAAGCGUUUUUAAGAACCCCAUUAGUCAUAAUUGUAUAUGGAGCCUGCAUAUUUUUAUUUUAUUACUUUUAAGAAUUCAGUUCAGCGUUACCUCAGCAGUCUCCAGUCAAAUGUUAGUCAGAAUAAUAGAGCAUAUUCCGUGAUGACGUUGAUGUUUCUCCAUUGAUAUGUGUAUUGUAAAAAGUCAUUCAAAGAGAUUUAAACAUAAGAGAAAUGUUUUGAGAGGAAUUAUAUCAUUAGGAUCUAUAAUUUUUCCUUUUUAAAUUGCUAUGAAAAAUGGAAGGACCAUUACAUGUAUUUUCUGGAUUUGAGAAUAAAGUUUUAUUAAAAUACACAUUUGCCUCAGGAAAUUAGGCUUAUGUGUUCUAUCGACUGUGUGUGUAUACAGUUGGUGGUAAACAUUUUUCAGCAUGCUUUGGUAAUACUUUAAGAUUUAAAAUUUAUUUUUGUUAUAAGAAUUAUAACUCUGGCUUUUUGGAUUAAUUUGUUUUGUUUCUGUUGUGUGUUUAAUGGAUGUUAAAAUAUGAGCUGCUAAUGUGUUCAAUUAUUCUUGUUCAUUGACUGAUCAUAUAUUGCAUUCAUCCUGUGGAAAUUAAAGCAAUUGCUUAAAGUAAAAAAUAAAAAAAAACUGAGUGCUGAA